AUCCAUUCAUCUCAGAUCUCAAGUACAUCCCCUCCUGGUGUUCUCUUCCCGGCUUGGAUCCCUGUGAUCAAUUGUUCCUCUCAAAGCAAUGAGCACCGGCGGUAUAACCCUAGAAAACCUGCCGAAGGAACUACCACUAGACUUUUUCAAGGAAAUUACAAAUAACUUUGCCAGUGAAAUAGGUUCAGGUGCAUUUGGGUCUGUUUAUAAGGGGACUCUGGGUGGUGGUGGAGUGGUGGCUGUGAAGAAACUCGCGGAAAAUUCACCUGUGCCACGCGAUGAAAUAUUUAAGAAGGAGGUUCAGAAUAUUAUGGUGCUCGAACAUGAAAAUAUUGUCAAGUUUCUUGCAUACUGCCGUGAAGGACAAAACAGAUUGGUCCAGAGCAAUGGAAGACACAUUAUUGCAGAGAUUACUGAAACUUUGCUCUGCUAUGAAUACGUACCUAAUGGGAGCCUUGAGCAGAAGCUUUUUGGUGAAUCCAUUGACAUUGAUUGGGACACACGGUUCAAAAUAAUAAAGGGGGUCUGUGAGGGUAUACGUUAUCUGCAUGGAUUGCCUAGUCCGGUUCUCCAUUUGGGUCUGAAGCCUCAAAAUAUAUUCCUGGAUGGAAACAUGGCACCGAAAAUUGCAGAAUUUGGAUUCUCAAGAAUAUUUGGCGAAGACCAAACCCGAAUGAACACACGAAGUGUUGUGGGAUCUGUUGGAUAUAUGGCCCCAGAGUAUCUAUAUAAUGGUGAAAUCUCGGCCCGCUCAGACAUAUAUAGUUUAGGCCUAAUCAUAAUGGAGAUAUCCACGAGAGAGAAGAAUAGUUCCAGCGCCGACCAGAAGCAUGCAAGGAAAUAUAUUGAUGCCGUAAAAGAAAACUGGUCGCAAGAGAAAAUAAUGUCUGAGUACCCCGAGUUAGAAGAUGCUGAUUUUUCUCAAAUAGAAGCCUGCAUCAAGAUUGCUCUGCAAUGUGUGGAGAUUGAUCAGAAGAAGAGACCUUCCAUUCAGGAGAUUAUCAGCAAGUUUCAGUAAUCUCUAGCUACAAAUGAACGAGGAGGUCUCCAAUCCCCGGGGAGGGCACAACUAUGCACUGUGCAAUAAGAAAAGUACAAGAUGAAGUAAAACAAGAUCCCAGAAUGCUACAAUAAUACAAGUGUUUUGUGGCAACAUGACCCGAUAUCACAUCAUUGCAGAACUAAUUAAAAUUUAUUUCCUUUUUAGUUUUAUCGAACAAAUAUUUACCUUAUAUUAUCAUGAGGGAACAUUGUUGAACAGUUGUGCCUUUUCAACUCAGUUUGAGAUA